AUGGACAAGGUCCAGUUCCAGCUCGAGCAGACGCUCCCAGAGCUCAAGGACCUCUACGACAAGGGCCUCUUUUCAAAGCACGAGAUCGAUCAGAUCACCAAGCGUCGCACUGCAUUCGAAACAUCGCUCAUUCGUCUCAAGACUCGCAAGGACGACUUCUUCAAGUAUGCCGAGUACGAAAUCAACCUUGAGCGUCUCCGCAAGGUGCGCUGGAAGAAGUGCGGGUACCACGUGAACCCACCAGGGCCGAGCGCGUCAACAUACUCGAUCCCCCGCCGGACACUGUACAUCCUCAAGCGGGCGACGGCCAAGUUUCCGGGCGACCUCGCGGUGUGGCUAGCGUACGUUGAGUACGCUGCGCACCAGGGAAUGACCAAGGUCGUUGCCAAGGGUCUCACCUCGGCACUCCAGCAUCACCCUCUCUCCCCCACUCUCUACCUCCUCCUCGCGCACCACCACUUGCACCCCGGAGACCCGCUCCCGCGCGGUGCCAUUCCCGGUUCGAGCGCCAAUCCUCUCGACCUUCCUCAGCAGAGGCAGCCUACCUCGGGGUUCUCCCUCGAGGGCACUGGCCCCGCACGCACAACGCUUCUUCUCGGUCUGCGUGUGCUGCCGAAGAGCCACACAUUGUGGCGAGAGUACGCCAAGCUCGAGCUCGGCUGGGUCGAGGGGCUGCGCCGCCGGUGGCGUGUUCUUGGCCUCACGGAGGACAAGAAGGGCGUCGACUUUGACGGAGACGUGGAUGCGCUCGUCGGCGGCGAUGGUGCGUUUGGGCCCGAAGGCGAGGACGCCCGCCGCGCCAUCCUUUCAGGCCAGCUGGUCGUGCACGCCCUCGAGACCGCGCUCAAGAAGGUUCCCCCAGGCGAUGAGGGGCGGGAUGCGGGCGCUGAUCCAGCCACUGCGGCGGAUGGGAUGACGUUCCGCGAGGGGUUGUUGGAAAUGCUCCGCCGGUACCCCAGCCCGCUGCGCAAGAAGGCAUUGGGGGUCGUGUAUGCCGACCUCGAGCGGAUCUCCGCCGACGGCGGGAGAGACGGCGCUCGCGCACGUCUCGCUCUGCUCACCCGACCGCUGUACGAUCGUCCAUACGAGGCUGGCCAGGAGGAAACGGGUGGUAUCGUGCUUGAGGGCGUCGAACUUGUCGAGGCGCUCGGCGCCAUCGGGAAAGAAAUGCGCAGCGCCGCCAAGAAGGCUGGACCAGAGUGGGCCGACGUUGCUGGUGCAUGGCUCGCCGAAAGGAUAGCGGACACUCAGGACAACGAGGACUUGCUACGCUAUCUUCUCUCGACUCUUAAGGCGCUCACAAAGCCGUCGCUCGCUGCGCCCCCUUCACUCCUCCUGAGGCAUCUGGAGCUCGUCAAGAAGCACGACCUCGAGUCGUACCUCGCUACUGCCCGCUCGCACGCUGCACAGCACCCGGAGAACGCGGACCUCGCGCUCGCUCGCGUGCAGGCCGAAAUCGAGGGGGAGGAGGACCAGGACGAGGUGCUGCGCGUCUGCGCCGAGACCGCGAAGGCGAUCGUGCGCCCCGGCCUCUCGGACGAGGAGCAGGAGGCCGUCGUGGCGGUGUGGCAGGCAUGGGCCGAGUUCGAGGACGAGCACACCACCGAGCCGGAGAAGGCGUGGAACAGGAUUCUCGCAGCGUCGGUACGCGCCAGUGUGGCUGCGCUGCACCCGCAGAUGUUGGCGGCCUACUUCUCCGCCGAGCUGGCACGUGGCGCGGACCCAAGCGAGACCCUCAACAAGAUCGUGCGCGGCUACCACCCCACGCCCAUGUUCUUCGCACCUGCCUUCGACGUGCUUGUCGACGCAGGCGCACACAUGGUUAAGAGCAAGGGCAAGGAGGAUGCCGCCGCGCACCUUUACCGCACGUGGCGCGGGUCGUGCCGCUCCGACGCGGACCGCGUCACCGCCGCUCUCACAUAUGCCGAGCACCUCCUCGACAUCGGGCGCGGGCGGGACGCGCACGUGGUCAUCGAGACGGCACGUCGUGAAGUUCAGGAUGCCACGGCAAUGGAGGAGGGCUGGGCGCGCCUGGUUGACGCGGCGGAGCGCGCGCGCAUGAGCGAGGACGAGGAGGACGAGGAGGACGAGGAGGAUGGGGAGGAGGAGAGCGUUGAGGCGAUGGAGGAGGACGGAGAGGAGAGCGGGAGCGAGGGUAGCGGGGACCUCGAGAUGACUCUCUAGAUCAAUGUACGCAUUUACUGGCUCAACAAGUUCAGGGCCUGUGGUACUGGGAGUGCUCCUCUGUGUGCUGGGUCGCGGAGCAUCGCCUCAAAUUGUAUUCGCAUGCUAUGUGACAGAAUUAUUUGGC